AUUUCUCUCCUCUUCUCCUCCCCAAAAUCUCUGCUUACAAACAAAAAUGGCGCUAAACCCACUCCUCUUCUCCGCCGCAAUCACCAUUCUCAUCUUCUCCUCUUUCUCUCCCACACUCUGCCGCGACAUACCAACCAACCACCACAGCACGCAGCUCCUCGACGUCUCCGCUUCUCUCAAACUCGCCCAAGACGUCCUCUCGUUCAACCCCCAAUCCCUCAAACCCGCCAUUAUUCUCGACCAGGAUGAAUCCUUAAUCCCCGCCAUAGCCAACCACUCUCAGCCCUUCUCUCUCCCUCUCCACUCCCGCGACUCGCUCCUCAACUCCAACCACAAGGACUACCGCAGCCUUGUCCUCUCCCGACUCGACCGCGACUCCGCCCGAGUCGACUCUCUCAAUCUCAAGCACCAGCUCGCUUUGAACGGUCUCAAGCGGUCGGACCUCCGGCCUACUGAGGAUCAGCUUCUCCGACCGGAGGAUCUCUCCACCCCAAUCGUCUCCGGCACCAGCCAGGGCAGCGGGGAGUUCUUCGCCCGCAUCGGAGUCGGACAGCCAGCGAAGCAAUUCUACAUGGUGAUCGACACCGGCAGCGAUGUCAACUGGCUCCAGUGCCAGCCCUGCUCCGACUGCUACUCCCAGACCGAUCCGAUCUUCGACCCGAGUUCAUCAUCUUCGUACUCCCCUCUCUCCUGCGAAUCCUCCCAAUGUGGCGCUCUCGAGACUUCCGGCUGCCGGUCGGGGAGAUGCCUCUACCAGGUCGCCUACGGUGACGGAUCCUACACCGUCGGCGAUUUUGUCACCGAAACGGUGUCGUUCGGAGGCUCCGGCGGAUCCGUCAGAAACCUUGCCUUGGGAUGCGGGCACGACAACGAGGGUUUGUUCACGGGCUCUGCCGGUCUGGUCGGACUCGGCGGUGGUCCUCUGUCGUUGACUUCGCAGAUCAAAGCGACAUCGUUCUCCUACUGCUUGGUCGACCGCGACUCGUCCGCGUCGUCUGCUCUCGAGUUCAACUCGGCCUCCCCUAGCGACUCGGUUUUCGCGCAGAUUCUCAAGAACGGCAAGACGAAGACGUUCUACUUCGUCGAGCUCACCGGAAUGAGCGUCGGAGGAGUUACGAUCUCGUUCUCGCCGUCGCAGGGGUCUGGCGAAGGGGGGUACAUCGUCGACUCAGGGACGGCGGUGACUCGGUUGCGGACUCAGAUCUACGAGCCGCUACGCGACGAGUUCAAGAGGGGGACUCAGGAUUUACCCGCUGCAAACGGCGUUGCUUUGUUCGACACGUGCUACGACCUGUCGUCGAGGACGAGCGUACGAGUCCCGACGGUGUCGUUUUUGUUCGCCGGAGGGAAGGCGUGGCAUUUGCCGGCGAAGAAUUACCUCAUCCCCGUCGACAACUCCGGCACUUUCUGCUUCGCAUUUGCCCCAACGACGUCGUCUUUGUCCAUCGUCGGCAAUGUCCAACAGCAAGGGACACGUGUCAGUUAUGACUUGGCGAACUCACGUGUCGGGUUCUCGCCCAACAAAUGUUAGAAGAGAGAAAUUGCUAAAUGUGUUUAUUUACGUAUCUAUCCCUGAUAAAAAUAGUAAUUUCACUAAAUAGGAUUGGACAAGACAGUACUUUAAAUGUAAAAGGUUUCUUGGACCGACUAUUUACUGCUAGGUGGGUGUUUGGAUAAAAGUUGGGCCCGGCUAUUAUAAAUUAUUAAUUUUUAAAAAAUUGCUACUAAAGUGUAAAGGUUUUUUCGGCAGGUCAUAAUUAAUAUUUAAUACUCAUAAAUGUGUACUGUUGUGUAUUUGUAAGUCAGUGGCAUGUAUAGUAAUUUAGUUUCAACUCGAGGGUUGUAAGAUUAGAGAGAUGAAAGAAGAAGGAAAAUCUAAUUACGUAAAGGCUUGCAUGUACGCCAUGUGGGAUAAAACGGUGGCGGUGAUUUCGAAUUUUGCGACUGUAAACAUGGAGGUAGAAUGGAAAUCUUUGCUUAUUAUUUUA